AUGAAGAUAAUUAGUAUAAUAUUGACAAGGAGAAAAGGAGGUGAUGUAAUUGAUAGUGUAUAUGAUUUAAAUCAAUUUGGUUUCUUUGAAAGAGGAACGGUAAAAGAAUUAUUAGUAGCGACUAGUAAGAUUUUUGUUGAAAAGUUUAAUGUGAAUACAAAAAAUGCGGUACCUUAUGAACAAUAUAAAUGUUUUGUUGAUGUAAGAGAGGAAUUUGGUGGAGUGGUAUUUACGGAUCAAGAAUAUCCAGAUAGAGUAGCAGCUAGAUGUCUAAGUGAAAUGAUGAUGGAAUAUUUGAAAACGACACAGGGAAUUAUUGGAUCACCAUUCCCUGGAUUACAAAAUAUCAUGACAAAAUAUGGAACGGUGGCCAACGUUGACAAGACUACUGAAAUUCAAGGACAAAUCAAUGAUAUCACUAUUAUCAUGCAUAAAAAUAUAGACGCUGCACUUCAAAAUAUGGGAAAAAUGGAAGACCUAUUACAACAAUCAAAUGAUCUAUCUGCAAAAAGUAAAUUAUUUUUAAAACAAGCUAAAAAAGCAAAUCGUCGUUGUUGUAUACUUCAAUAA